UCUCAAGCACCAAAGACCAAAACUUAGCACUGUGGGCCAAACCCAGAUUUUCCCCCCUUCUUCCUCAAUCUUCCCCUUCCUUUUUCACUAUUAAAGGCUUCAUCCUCUUCCUCGCUCAGCCCCCCUUCCCUUUCCCUCUCUCUGCCUCUCUCCCCUACCCACCCACACACAAAGCAUAGCUCUCUCUGUCUCUGUUUCUCUCUCUAUCUCUCUCUCCCCAUUCUGCUCCAAGUAAUAAUGGCCCAUGCGGGAGAAGGCAAACCGGAGGCCAAGGAUACAGAAGAAAGCCCAGAGCCUCUUAACCAGAAGACAUGGGUGUUGAAGGUCUCCAUCCACUGUGAAGCCUGCAAGAAGAAAGUCAACAAGAUCCUGCACAAGAUCGAAGGAGUUUACAGAACGGACUUCGAUUUAAAGCAGCAGAGGGUCACGGUGACAGGGAACGUGGAGGCCGAGACAUUGAUCGCCAGGCUCGAGAAAAAGACACACAGACGCCCCUCAUUGCUGCCGCCCGACAAAGCUCCCAUUAAAGCUGCUGCACCCAAAGAGAAAAAGCAGAGCAAACCCAAGCCUAAAGAUAACCAACAGAGCAGUAAUGAUGAUGGCACUGGAGGAGGAGAGGCAGAGGGCCCCAAGGGCGAUGACAAAGCUGGGAAGAAACCUGAGCCUAUAGAGCCGGAGGCGGACGUCGAGGCUGGCAGAGAUGGCGGUUCCGGUAAAAAUGGUGCCGGGGAUGUAAAAAGUAGUGCUGGUGAUGGAGUGGAGGCCAAGGAGGAGAAAGGAAAGCAGCCGGAGGUGGCGAAGGAGAGGGUGACAGGACCGGUCGGCGACCAGCCAUCAGUCCCAAAUAGAGCGGCAGCCAAGAAGGUUGGGGACUCGGAGAAAAGUGGCACCGGCGCCGGCGGGAAAAAGAAGAAACCGAAAGGGAAAAAUGGGAAGAAUGAAGUUAAUAGUAAGGAGGCUAAAAUGGGACAAGAUGUUUCUAGUGGAGAUGCACCGGCGAGCAGUGAGAGAUCUUCGGAUCCCGGUCCAAGUGCGGACCGAGGCCCGGGAGGGGGCCCGAUGAACCACAUUCCUUUGGAUCAGCAUUUCGAUGCAUAUGCAAACCUGAAUCCGUAUCCGCCGCAUUACUACCACGGGCCUCCCAUGAACGCUGUCACUCACCACACAAUGUAUCCCGCCAGCACCUAUGGGACAUCCUACUACGCCCCACAACCUCCACCGAACUCCUUCACGUACGUGCACCCAGGUCAAGAAAUCGACCGGGCAUCGCCGUACUCAGACCCAUACUCUCACCAGCGAUCCGAUUCGUUCGAGAUGUUCAGCGAUGAAAACCCUAAUGCCUGCUCGGUCAUGUGACAAAGAAUGUCACGGAUGUUGCUGCGCUGUGAGCUAUCAUCUCCCCAGAAUCCCGAUAUCGGUGCAGUGAUACUAGUACGAAGAGAAGUGCGAUUCACGGGUGCGAUGGUAAUCGUGCUUGUAUCUCUAGACUUAAUUAGGUUUUUAGGCAAGUACUACUCCAAAGUGAAUUUGUGGUUGUGGAACUUAUACUACUUGUGUAAGUUUAAGGAGACUAUAAUUUUUGUAAUAUAUGGUUAGAGUUAGGCAAGAGAGUAUGGCUUUUAGUUUUAAGAGUAAUAAGAAGUGGGCUUUGGGAAUUUUGAGGUUAGUGACUUAGGGGUCCCCUUUUCCCCCUUUUUUUUUUUAACUUUAUUUUGUACUUUUAUUUUAUAUAAUUAUCAUUCCAAGGCCCAUGGUUGGUGGAGGAACUACUUUGUAGCUUUCUUUU